CCGCCGGACAUGACCGGAUGAACGGCAGCGGACGGUCGCCGAGACGUCGUUCGACAUAAUUGUCGAUUAUCAACAGGGAGACGCCCGAAUUCCGCGCGCAGUUUUAAUUGUGUUUCAUCUUUUGAUUCACUCUUAACAGAAUUUUUUAUAUCUUCUGCAGUUGUGCGUCAGGAAAAAAGAAAUCUUAACUGUCUUUCGUUGAUAAUACUUACGAAGUGGUUUUCGUAUUUUGUAAAAGGACUUUAUUCGAAUUGAAUGUUUUAUAUUUGAUGCUGAAGAAGUAUUCUACACUUUGUAUGAGGGAAGAUUUUCUUAGCAACAAAAUCUUUACGAUUGUGCAGCAGACUGUGUAAAUAAUUUAGUUUUGCCAACAAUUCCUAACAAUUGGUCAUGAUAAGACAGGCCACUUAACAACCAAACAGAUUCAACAAUAUCUGUUCACGGAAUUUGUGAAUUUUAUUUAAGAACGUGGUUUAAAAACGAUAGUUUCUAGAGACAACGUUAAUUUACUGAAAUAUACAACUCUGAAGGUGUUUUUUUCUUUUUUUAAUAUUACUUUUCACUACUUUCGUGUGUUCAUAUAAAAAGUAGAAGGCUGACUCACGUCUGUUAACCCCGAAAUAUUUUCUUCUUACUGAAGCCUUGUCAGUGUGAUGAAGAGAGUACGAUCCGUGACAGUUCUUAGUGUUCAGUGAUUGGAGUCUGUGCGAAGCUGAAUUUCCGGUUUUGACACAUGCCAGUGAAUGUUCGCUGACAGCAAACUUGUGUGAACAUUCAGCUUCGCACUUCGGGAGAAACAUCCGUUAACCUGUGGCGAGUUGUAGUGCCCCGGGGGGCUGCAGUUCCCCCCGACAUCGUGGUGGAUCCCCAGCCGCCGCUGCAAUGGGGCUAUAGUGGUGGGCCCAACAACUGGUCGACACCCACAAGUGCCCCUAGCAGACCCCCCAUGAAGCGACAUCAUAGCGAGAGCGACGAUUGUGAUGACGUCUUUUCGGAGGAAUCAUCCAAGGAUCAGUGCUCGUCACCCGGUGACACCGACAGCUGUCAGAUGCUGAGUCGUAAGAAGCGACGUGGAAUCAUCGAGAAACGACGUCGGGAUCGUAUCAACACGAGCCUCACGGAACUGCGACGUCUGGUGCCCACAGCAUUCGAGAAACAGGGAUCCGCGAAGCUGGAGAAGGCGGAGAUCCUUCAGAUGACGGUGGACCAUCUCAAGAUGCUGCACGCCAAAGGUAUGGACGCCCUGGCGUACGACCCCCACAAGUUCGCAAUGGACUACCAACACAUCGGGUUCCGGGAGUGCGCUGCAGAGGUUGCUCGCUAUCUAGUGACCGUCGAGGGCAUGGACAUCCAAGACCCACUGCGCCUGCGUCUCAUGUCCCAUCUGCAGUGCUUCGCGGCACAGCGCGAGCUAGCUGCGAAACAAAUACCUCCUCCCCCGCCCCCUAUACCACCACCAUCGCAGCAUGGUCAUCACGAUGCGACCUCGGGUGGAGGCUUGACCACCUAUGACAUCACCUCGACGUCUUCACCAUCUUGCGGACAGACGCCUUCAUCGUCUGUGAACACGUCGGCGACAACGACGAGACAGCAAGGACAGUCCCAGACGACGUUGACGCAGCUGACGACCGCUACCUCAGCGUCACCCUUGGGAUACUCGCACCAUCAGUAUCACAUGAAUUUGAACUCU